AUGGGUUGCAUUGUGUCUUGUGUCCAAGCUGUCUUCCAUUCCAUCGGCGCUUGCCUGAUGGCCAUCGUCAACACUAUCGGUGCUGUCCUACGCGCUAUCAUUGACGGUGUCGUCACUGUCCUCGAUGCUAUUAUCUCCUGCCUGACCUGCGGUGGUUGUGGAAGAAGAAGCCGUCGUCGUAGGGCGGUGGUAUGA